GCGGGGCGGGACCCUAGCGGCCUUCGGUCCAAUUCCCGCACCGUUAAGGCCCAAGGGGGAGCAAGGCGGUGCUGCUGUAGGCUGAGGCUGCGGCAGAGGCGGCGAGGCGCGGGCGGUGAGGACGGACAGUCACCGACUUAGUUCAGUUCCCUGCGAUCUCAAAACAAUUGUUGCAGCAGGCUCCUGGCAGUCUUAAGCAGUUCAUCUUCUUGGUGUACUGUUUUCCUGUUGUGAUUUUAUCAUGGAAAAUCAACUGGCUAAAUCAACUGAAGAACGAACAUUUCAGUACCAGGAUUCUCUUCCAUCACUGCCUGUUCCUUCACUUAAAGAAUCAUUAAAAAAAUACCUUGAAUCAGUGAAACCAUUUGCAAAUCAAGAAGAAUAUAAGAAAACUGAAGAAAUAGUUCAAAAAUUUCAAAGUGGGAUUGGAGAAAAAUUGCACCAGAAAUUGCUUGAAAGAGCAAAAGGAAAAAGAAAUUGGCUGGAAGAGUGGUGGCUGAAUGUUGCCUAUCUGGAUGUUCGUAUACCAUCACAAUUGAAUGUCAACUUUGCGGGUCCUGCAGCUCAUUUUGAACACUACUGGCCUCCAAAGGAAGGGACUCAAUUAGAAAGAGGAAGUAUAAUUCUUUGGCAUAACUUGAACUACUGGCAGCUAUUAAGAAAAGAAAAAGUGCCUGUUCAUAAAGUUGGAAAUACUCCUCUAGAUAUGAAUCAAUUCCGAAUGCUAUUUUCUACCUGCAAGGUUCCAGGAAUUACUAGAGACUCAAUUAUGAAUUAUUUUAGGACUGAGAGUGAAGGGCGUUCCCCAAACCACAUUGUAGUGCUGUGUCGAGGCCGAGCUUUUGUCUUUGAUGUAAUACAUGAAGGAUGUUUGGUCACCCCGCCAGAGCUUCUCAGACAACUGACGUAUAUCCACAAGAAGUGCCACAGUGAACCUGAUGGACCUGGGAUUGCAGCAUUAACUAGUGAGGAGCGAACUCGAUGGGCUAAGGCACGAGAAUAUCUGAUUGGCCUUGAUCCAGAGAACUUGGCUUUGUUAGAAAAAAUUCAGAGUAGUUUAUUGGUAUAUUCCAUGGAGGAUAGCAGUCCACAUGUAACACCAGAGGAUUAUUCUGAGAUUAUUGCAGCCAUCCUUAUUGGAGAUCCAACAGUACGCUGGGGUGACAAAUCCUAUAACUUGAUUUCCUUUUCUAAUGGAGUAUUUGGCUGUAAUUGUGAUCAUGCUCCUUUUGAUGCAAUGAUUAUGGUGAACAUCAGUUAUUAUGUGGAUGAGAAAAUUUUUCAGAAUGAAGGAAGAUGGAAGGGUUCAGAGAAGGUACGAGAUAUACCACUUCCAAAAGAGCUCAUUUUCACUGUGGAUGAGAAAGUUUUAAAUGACAUCAACCAAGCUAAAGCCCAGUAUCUCAGGGAGGCAUCUGAUUUACAGAUUGCGGCUUAUGCCUUUACAUCUUUUGGCAAAAAGCUAACCAAGAACAAGAUGCUUCACCCGGAUACAUUUAUUCAGCUUGCACUUCAGCUGGCCUAUUACAGACUUCAUGGACACCCUGGUUGUUGCUAUGAAACAGCUAUGACAAGAUAUUUUUAUCAUGGCCGUACAGAGACUAUGCGAUCAUGCACAGUUGAAGCAGUCAGGUGGUGCCAGUCCAUGCAGGAUCCUUCUGUCAGUCUUCAUGAGCGGCAGCAAAAGAUGUUACAAGCUUUUGCAAAGCAUAAUAAAAUGAUGAAAGAUUGUUCAGCUGGAAAAGGAUUUGAUCGUCACCUUUUAGGUCUCUUACUCAUAGCAAAAGAGGAAGGUCUUCCUGUUCCAGAACUCUUUACGGACCCACUUUUUUCCAAAAGCGGAGGAGGUGGAAAUUUUGUUCUCUCAACAAGUUUGGUUGGCUAUUUACGAGUCCAGGGUGUGGUAGUUCCCAUGGUACACAAUGGUUAUGGAUUUUUCUACCACAUCAGAGAUGACAGUGACCCUGGCCACCCAGAACCCCAUGAUUUAAACACCCAAGGUGUCAAAAUGGUCUACUUGCCCCCAGACAUGUCUCUAAUUCAGGCUCUAGAUCGGGGGUCAUAAGGACCUUUAAGGCUCAUUACAUGCAGGACUCAAUAGAAAGGAUUGUCACCAAGGAUUGUCUUUUACCCCAAUGGAAGAGAACAUCAUGAAAGUCUGGAAGGAUUACACCAUUGAAGAUGCCAUUGUCGUUAUAGAAGAAGUCAUGAAAGCAGUCAAGCCCAAAACAAAAAAUUUCUACUAGAGAAAACUAUGUCCAGAUGUACAUGAUUUCACAGGAUUUACGACAGAGCCGGUCUAGGAAAUCAUGAAAGAGAUUGUCGAUAUGGCAAAAAAAAAAAAGCGGAGGGUGAAGGAUUUCAAGGUAUGGAUGUUGGGACAGUUUCAGUGGCUUAUGCCUGUAUUUCCAGCAGUUUGGAAGGCCAAGGUGGGAAGAUUGCUUGAGGCCAGGAGUUUGAGACCAUCCUGAGCAAUACAGUAAGACCUCAUCUCUAUUAAAAAAUUUAAAAAAUCAAGCACUAAUAGUCACCACACCAGAGGAAUUAACGGAAGGUGGCUUGAAGGAGAUGAGUGCUUCUGAACCAGAGCCAAAUGACAAGGAGGAAGACACAGUAGAAGCAGUGCCAGAACUGAUGUUAAUCUCACAGAAGCGUUCUGAUUAUUCAAGACUGUUUUUGAUGGCUUUUAUGACAUGCACUGGACCCUUCUAUGAUAGGAACAUUGAAACUAAAGCAAGUGGGGCAAGGGUUGGUACAGUAUAGAAACAUUUUUAGAGAAAUGAAAAGCAAAAAGAUAGAAACUACAAUGAUUUACAUAAAGUUACACUGAGUGUGCCAGCCUCCCCUGCCUCUCCUUUCAUCUCUUCUACCCCAAGACUAGACCACUGCAUUUUAAAUGUAUUACAUGCUGAUUGUAAAAAAAAAAAAAAAAAUUGUUAAAUAUAAAAACUACAUCAGAACAAAGUUAUCUACAUUUCCAUUACAUGGCAUAAGACUAUAAUUAUAUGAUGCUCCCAACCUAUAAUGUAUGUAGAUUGUAUAUUUACACUGUAAAUAUUUGUGUCCUUUUUUGUGAAUUUCAUUCUUGCUUAUUAUUUCAAGCAGUUUCCAAUGCCAUUAAGUAUGCUUUGAAAUAUUUUGAUGGUUGUAUAAUUUCCAGUCUUUGGAUUCCUAUGAUUUAUCUAACUGCUUGUCUACUAUUUUGUUUUUCCAUCAUUACAAGUAAUGUAUAAGGUUAUAAAGGUAUCCUUUCUCAUUUCAUCACACCAUUGCUAACUCUAGUUAUUCUAA